AUGUCCGGGGGCAAAGGCUGGUACCGUGCCCGGCACAACGAGACGGGGCAGGAGGGGCUGCUGGCAGCCAGCGCGCUGCGGGAGCGCGGCGCCAUCCGCGUCGACCCCAAGCUCAGCCUCAUGCCCUGGUUCCACGGGAAGAUCUCGGGGGUGGAGGCGGUGCAGGAGCUGCAGCCCCCCGAGGACGGGCUGUUCCUGGUGCGCGAGUCUGUCCGGCACCCUGGUGACUACGUGCUGUGUGUGAGCUUCGGCAAGGAGGUGAUCCACUACCGCGUGGUGCAUGAGGAGAACACGCUCAGCAUCGACAGCCAGCAGUACUUCUCCAACCUCAUUGACAUGAUCGAGCACUACAUGAAGGAGCAGGGAGCCAUCUGCACCAAGCUGGUGAAGCCCAAACCCAAAACCGGGAUGAAGUCAGCUGAGGAGGAGUUGGCCAAAGCCGGCUGGUUGCUGAACCUGCAGCACCUCACGCUGGGAGACCGCAUCGGCCAAGGAGAGUUCGGAGACGUCCUGCAGGGCGAGUACAUGGGGCAGAAGGUGGCUGUGAAGAACAUCAAGUGCGAUGUGACUGCCCAGGCCUUCCUGACCGAAACGGCCGCCAUGACGAAGGUCCGUCACAAAAACCUGGUGUGUUUGCUUGGCGUGAUACUGCACAAUGGCCUCUACAUCGUCAUGGAGUUCAUGAGCAAGGGCAACCUGGUGAACUUCUUGCGCACACGGGGCCGGGCGCUUGUCCCGACCCAGCAGCUCCUCCUGUUUGCUCUGGACGUGGCCCACUACCUGGAGUCCAAGAAGCUGGUGCACAGGGACCUGGCUGCCCGCAACAUCCUCAUCUCCGAGGACAACGUGGCCAAAGUGAGCGACUUCGGCUUGGCCCGGGUCAACCCCAAGGGCGCAGACACCACUCUGCUGCCCGUGAAGUGGACAGCCCCGGAGGCCCUGAAACACAACGUGAGCGAUGGUGGGAAGGUGGAAGGGG